UGUACAUGGACGAUGACAACAACACUGUAAUAAAUCGACAUUUUAUAAUAGUUUUAAAAUGUUCAAUAGCAUAAGUGCAAAUCAAGAUUACAUUGUGUGGUUGUGAUACUUCAGAAUAGUGAUGUGAUUUUAUCUGUUGCCGACCGUGAGAACAGAACUUCGUCCAUGCGUCUGCAUCGAAACAGUUUGGAGGGCAUGGUGUCAGAGCAUGUUUGAGUGAUCCCAAGAUAACUUCACGGAAUAUAGUCACAAUGGCAAGGGAAUUAAAACUACAGAACCUGUGGGUUAUCAUGAGACACAUUUUGCGCUCAAGUAACGCAAAGGGAAAGGAAAUCUGUGUACAGAAAACCGCCGACCGGCUUGGAUAUGGGUGUGCAAGGGCGUUAUUCGGACAAAAUUGGUCAACAGUUCUUAAAGAACUCUCAGCUAACUGUAAUCACAAAUUCACAGUGAUCGCAGAAUGUUUUGAGAAACAAUGUAGUUUCUUACUUGCUCAGAGAUUGAAAAGAGCGACUCAGAUUAUGGCAUUUUACAAUAGACUCUAUGGAGAAAAGUUGAUCGAUCAAGUUGGCAAUUCUCUUUUACGUCGCUUUCACAAGAAAUCCUUGUUUUGCGUGCUGGCAGCAACACUCUUCUCCUGGGAAGAGAACAAAAUAGGAGACGAUGCCCUCAACAGGUCUGUGUAUGACAUGGUCCACAUCCAGGAACUGGUCCGAAAAACUCGCAGUCAGGUUGUCGACGAGUCAUGUCCAUGGGAGAAGGUCAUCGACAGACCACACCUGAUUGUGUGGAGAAGACCCCUAGAGUUUAACUCCAGCUUGUUCCAAUAUAAAGUUUAUGGGAAGUUCGAUGACGUUCCUGCAAGAGCCUUCUUCAAUACUCAGGUUGAUCUGGAGUUCUGGCAGCAGUGGGACAAGUUGUCUCUCGACAUCAGGAUCAUCGACAAGCACGAGGAAAGUGGUUCCGAGGUAGUCCACUGGACAUCGGAGUUUCCGUAUCCUAUGUACAGCCGUGACUAUGUGUAUGUCAGAAGAUAUAUGGUUGACACCUCCAACAAGAUCAUGGCAAUGUACAGUCAGACGGUCAACCAUCCUAUCUGCCCAGUCCAGGACAACAUAGUACGAGUCACAGAGUUCCAGUCAGCUCUUGUCAUCAAACCCUAUUCCGACUUUGAUGAGAAUGGGUUGGAAUAUGUCCUGACGUACUAUGAUGAUCCUCAGACAACCUUCCCUACGGUGUGCUACAACUGGAUAGCUACAACAGGUGUGCCCGAGUUUGUAGACAAACUCCACAAGGCUUCCAAGAUGAUGCACGAGCGUACCCAGAAGGGCUACCGACCAGCGUACUACCAGAACCAGAACCAAAACAGCCACAGUACCUUCACGCUGAACCAAACCCAGUACGCAUGAUCAGUGCUCAGCUAGAAACCAUUUUCAAAUUGCAUUGCUCUCAAUCUUGUCACUUCAGCUUUAUUUUGCUGGUUAAAAGUGUGAAAAAUAAAACAUUACAUCAUGAUCAUGUAUGGUGAGUUUAAAAUCUGACUCAUCAAUGUUUUAUUUACACCAUCUUUUUGAAAGAUGUAAUGUACCCUUUUCAACUUAAAGCUUUAGAGCUAUUAUUGAAUAUGUUUUACUUGCUUAAUGCCAAAUCCUAUAUGCUUUGUCAAAUCUUAUGUAAAUCCUUUCUAUGCAAGGCAUUAACUCUUAUGCUCUUUACAAACACAUUGUUCACGGAAGAUGCGAUGCUGCAAGAUUUGAAAAGCGAGUGUACCUAUCAGCAUUUAUUUUAAGUAUGAGUUACGUUUUAGAUGUUUGGUGUGAAAGUGUAUAUAUGGACUGAUUCUUCAAAAUGAAUGAGCCUUGUUUGCAUUUGUUCUGUCAACUCAAUGAUCAUGGAGCCUUUAUCACAGGGUAAUCAUGCAUUGACAACUUAAUGAAGACAUUUCAAAUUGUGACAUAGCUAUCUCUUAUAGUUGCUUCAGCCAGAUAAUGAAUACAUGAUUGUAUAUGAUUUUGUUCGCCAAUAAUGAGCCUGUAUACUAUGUAGUUCCCCAAUCUAUCACAAAUCCAAUUUUUUUCAUAUCAAAAUGCAUUAAAAUAUGAAGUCAAAUGGACUGCUAAUUUUAGUUUGUUGUAAGUGUAAUUCGAAAUACGAUUUCGACAAAAAUAUACAACAAAUGAACAGGUUGAGAAAACCUGUUCGUUACAUACAUCAGUUAUAAAUGUAUUUUACAGUUUUUGUUUUAAGUUUCCAUGGCAAUUUGUAUUUCCUUGCAAAACUGAACUAAUUAGACUUAAGUAGUUUAGGAAUAGUUGUUUCCAAAGUCACCGAUUUAAGUAUAGUUUUUAAGGCGAGACUGAAAUACAUAUGAACGUAGUAUUUAUUUGUUUGUAUUGGGCUAAAACAAAGUUGUCUUGGUUCUCCGGCAUCUUUAUGAAAGCUUCACGACCAGUAUGUAUACGGGAUCCCUAAACUACUAAACACCCUCAUGAUUAAUAUCAGGGUCCUUAUUCAGUCCCCAAGUAUUCGUGUUACAAUAACAAUGUAAGAUGUAAUUAGAGCACUAACAUAAGAUCAUCAUUCAAUGGAUGGUCCUGUGUAGGAGUGGGGACUAUGAAGAUAUUUGCUAUUCCUGUAAUUUCUUUAAUAAUUUUUCACGAAUGAUGUACAAUGAAGUGUUUAUUAUGAUGCUAAACAGACCAAUGAAUUGACUUGAAUAAUUAAUCAAUUACAGGUAUGGGUUAAUGGUUGGAGUAUUGUAUUGACAGAUUCCUAUUCAAUAUAUUCAGAAUGUGUUACUUGUUGCAUUUACUGUGAGACUGGAAUAUAUUGUUGUACAUGUUUUGAUGCUGGUGUGAUAUAGAUUAGAGUGGAAAGUGGUGUUCGAGUUGAUAUUUCAAUGCAGUGGAAAGUGCUUCGGUUGCAUUCAUGCAGUAUGCUAUAAUGUCUUUAUUUAUACCUGGAAAUUAUUUGUAGGACAACACUUUCCAUGACAAGAUGAUACAAUUGCUUCAGAUAUUGUUUUUUGGGAAACUUUCAUUUGUGAAUCCUUGGGUACUAAAACAGUUUCCCAAAUCUGUUUUGAUAGCUUUUUUGCACAUGAUGACAGAUUUCUUAAAGAGUUUAGAGUUGCUUCUGGAAACACGAUUGUUGGCAUUUAUUAGUAGAAGUGACUUCAACAUACUGUUCUACUCCACACGCAAUUGGAAUAUUCUGAGAGUCCAUUGCGGGGAUAGAUUGGUCUGGAUUAAGCUGCUCAAGAACAGUAUUAUGCCCAAAUUGCAUCCUGAUGGCAUGCUUCAGACAUCUAGUUGAUUGAUUGAAACAUAUUUUAUUCAAUUAAGAAACGGAUUGGGCACAAGUUAUCCAACUUAAAUAAGCUCUCUCCACAUCUAGUUUCUUCUGGAUGCUCACAUGUAAGUUUGUUGUUUAACCCCGAACAGCAAUGGUCCAGCUAUAUGGAUGCUCAGAAUAUGCUCAUCGAAAGUGGAGUAGUGGAUUGGAAAUUUAAAGGUGAUUUGUCUAGAACAUGAACUGGAACUUUAGUGAUGUCCGUAACUGUUGAGUGGUAAUUUGUUUGGAAGCAUGUUUUGCACUGAUUUUGUUGAUAUUGAUGCAAUAAAAAACGGCCAUUUCCUUUUCCACUGAUGAUUGUUGGCAUUGUGUUUUAAUAAAAUAUAUUGGCAUUGAUUGAA